ACCGCCACGUUGUCCUGGCCGGCGUCCCAUAUGCAGCACGAAUCGUUACGGGAACGUCACCCUCGCAAUCGGUUUCAUAGUGUCGAUCUCACUAAAGAGGGUAGAAACGUGCAAUCAACAAUCACCAUGGGGUUACUUCUCAUGAGUCUGGGACCAAACUAGAGCGAAUAUUCACGAUUCCAGCCAACAAGUGAGGGUGGCAAGGUACCGGGGGGGAUGAUUUCACCUGUCAAUAGGCUCCUAUCCGGAACCUAGGCUUAGCCAGACUCUGCAACGUUGGGAGUCGUGCCGACGGAAGCUAAUGUCCGCUUUUGUUUGUCGGCGAGGUUGCUACGCAAACAGUCUUUCAGCCCGACUUUGCCGGAUACCGGUCAAAUGUGAUUGUUUCCGGUUGCCAUAUCGCCUGGACGAGCAUGACAUGGGGCUGAAGACGGAGCAAUAUCUCGCCUACACGGCACCUUACGCGACGCGUACUCGAAAUGGCCUCCGCUGGCUCCUUCUGUUGCUAGCUGUUGGUCUCUUGUCGCGUCUGGCCUCACAGUUUUCCUUCAGGACUGUGCCAAGUUCAUUUGCGGACCCAGCAGCCGAAUGGAAGGAUAAUAUAUGGCCUAUUCGACCACAGACACCUUGGGAUAUCUCUACAGACUUUCCCUUUCCCCGUCUUCUCGCGUACGAUGUCGAGGAAGGGACAUGGCUAAGAUUGGACGUUCAUCCCAAGACUGGCGACAUUGUAUUCGAUAUGAUUGGUGAUCUGUAUUGUAUAUCAUCUCAAGACGUGUACGACCAGUCCGAGAGCCUCGCUACCGCUCGGCCUAUUCUUCGCGGCGUACCCCAUGACUCCGACCCUCAUUUCUCACCUGAAGGCGAUAAAAUCGUGUUCAGAAGUGACGCGGAACUAGGAGUGGAAAAUAUUUGGAUAAUGGAGUGGAAGGGUUGCGAGAAAAUGGACGUAACAGCACCAGCGGUAGUGGGGGAAGGUUCCCCGCUUCCUCUUGUGCUUCGAUCUCAGCAUGAAGAUGACGUACUUCUCGCUCAAGGUGUUAAGGAAACGCCUGAGAGGCGUAAAAAUCGUCUGAUAAGAGAAGGCCGACUUGGAGCCCACCGGAUCACAAACGAGACGUAUCGAUGGGUUAGCGAUGCGAGGUUUCAUCCGUCUGGCAAGAAAGUCAUUGCUACCAAAUGGUACACAUCUAGACGCUCUUUGGGCGCCGGAGAGGGUUGGGAAUACCCUAUACCCUCGCCUGAUGAUGAUAUACAGUCUGGCAGCGGUGUUCGUGUUGUUGGAAGAACUCUGCCUGCUGGAUUUGACAACUACGGAGAACAGCAAAUAGGACCAGAGCAGCUCAUUUGGCACGGAGAAGAUAGAGUGAUAUUCUCUAAAAAUGUCCGGGAUACCACGAGUUUUACCUAUUCCAAGGAUGUGCACAACGGCAUUUAUGCAAUAUUCGAGCGAAAUCUGACUUCAGCGCGUACAGAAACCUUGGUGGAUGCAUCUCCCGGCGGGGCAAGUCGGCCCGAACUUUCUCGCGACGGACGCACACUGGCAUUUGUACGACGUCUGGGGGAUCACCAAAUGCUGGUGCUCAAGGAUCUAGAAACCGGAACAAUUCGCUACGCAUGGGAUGGGCUCAGUUAUGACCUUAGCGGUAUUUCUGCGCCCAUGGGAACAUAUCCAUCCUUCACCUUUACACCGUCAGAUUCCGCUAUCAUCAUCUGGGCUGCGGGUAAAAUCUGGUCUGUCCCUUUGGAAACAAACUCUUAUGGCGAGAAGGUGUCUUCGGGAACGCCGUACCCUAUCCGGUUUACUGCCCACAUCGAAAAGCGACUGGCGGAGACGAGGAAAAUCGAUGAUAUUGACCUCGUAGGCAUCGAAACUGCCGAUUCCCAGAGGAUUCGGGCUUUCAAAGACCUCCGUGCCGACUUUACUGGCAACCAGGUGGUGUUCCAAGCGGCUGGCGCCACGUACGUGCAAGUUGUAGGUGAGGAAGGUGUUACGAAGGUUCCCGUGUUGCACGACGACGGCGUGACGCCUUACCAUUCUCCGUCAAUCGUACGUGACGAGGCUCGAACUAUCAUUCUACAUGCGCGCUGGGAUGAUACCAAUUUCACCUCAUUUGAACUAGCGAACCUGGAAGAAGAUUGGGUAAUCGAGAUCGGAGGACUACCUAGGGGUCGAUACCUGAGCCCUGUCAUAUGCCAGGUCGAUCGUAGUCACAGGGUUAUUGCAUUUGUGAAAAUCGCAGGCGACUAUCUGACUGGAGAUGUAGUUGCUUCUGCUGCGCCUGGAUUAUAUAUCGCGGACCUCGAGAUUGCUCCUUCUCAAGAAGGAAUCAGCAUAGUCAAUUUGCGGCUGAUUCCCUCUGAAAUCGACGUAGAUGAUCGCGUCAAUAUGCGUUUCUUGGAAUCAAAUUCCGAGCUCUUGGUGCAACAGUCCGACCGGUCCUUUGUGAUUGAUCUCUCCGCGACUCCAGACGCCGAAGGAAAACCGCCUCAUUAUACUCUGGCCACGGGAAAGAUGUCAAAGGAAAUUGCCAUUUCCUUGACAUCUCGUUCUGGGGUUACCUCUCUGCUGAAUAAGUUAAAAGGGGACAGUGGCAACGGACUCAACGUAAAAGCGGACAACGUCGCCUUUGUCGACUUUUUCCAUGUUUAUCUUGCUCCCGGGAAAAGUCUAAAAGAAGGGGACGAAGUAUGGUCAAAGCCCGGAAAUUCUACCGACGGUUUGGUACGACUUAGUCUAGACGGGGGACACGAUGUUACAUGGAGUGAAGAUGGUAAAAAGAUAUUCUGGUUUUUAGGUCCGUAUCUACACUCCCUGGAGGUAUCUAAGUUGUACAAGUGCACGUCGACGAUCCGGAAGGAUCAUCUUACGUUCGGCAUUGACUGCGUCAAAAACAUUCUGGAGUACCAAGAGAUCGUUGUCGAGCAUACAACUGAUAUUUCGCGAUUGAAGAAGGAUGCUACUCUUACCGGUUCGCAUUCAGAACCUGAUCUCCUCGUUCUUUACAACGUUACUCUCCUGACGAUGGAAACGGGAGAGUUGGACAAAGAUCUGGUCCAUGAAGGAAUAUUGGUCAUUCGGGGAGGCGUCAUCACUACUGCGGUGGCGUUGAGCUCCGUUGUAAUACCUACAGAUGCUGCUGUCAUUGAUAUGCAUGGAGCAACUAUCAUGCCAGGAUUCUUCGAUUUACAUGCUCAUUGGGAUGGGUUUGACAAUCCCAUGCCUGCCAAGUCAUGGGAAAUGGAGACUUUCCUAGCAUUUGGCGUCACGACUUUACACAACCCUAGUGCUGCUAACGUGAACGGAUUUAUCGAACGAAGCAGACUUGAACGAGGCCAUUUUGUUGGUCCCCGGAUAUUCCAGGUGGGCGAAGUCAUAUAUGGUGCUGGGGACCCUGGGUACCACCAAGAUAUUGCGGAUAUGGACGAGGCGCACUCCGCUCUCAUCAGGGUCAAGGCUGAAGGUGGACCGAUCAGCACGUCGUAUAAGAAUUAUAAUCAGCCUUCUCGUGCAUCUCGGCAACGACUUCUAUUGGCCGCUCGCAAUCUGAGCAUGCUGUGUGUCCCGGAGGGUGGCAUGAAUUAUGACUGGGAUCUGACGUAUAUUAUGGACGGUAUGACAACGGUCGAGCAUGCUAUCCCGGUUCCUACUUUGUAUGAUGACGUUUUGAUCCUUUAUGCCAAGAGUGGUACAGGCGCUUCUCCUACACAUCUCGUUAAUUAUGGAGGAGCAUUUGGUGAACAAUUUGUAUGGGCUACAGAAGAUGUCCCAAAUGACCCAAAACUAAGAAAAUUUGUACGCCACGAUAUCUUGGAAGGCCUAACAGAGUCAACAUCGAGACCGCGGUCAUCAUAUGCCCUCUUCAAUACCUCGGCAUCGGUUGCCAAGAUGGUUCAUAUGGGGCUAAAAACACAUAUCGGCGCUCACGGAGAGCCUCCGCUAGGUCUAAAUUACCAUGCUGAGAUGUUCUUUACUCAACAAGGCGGGCUGAGCAAUUACGAGGUGUAUAAGGCGGCAACGUCUAAUGCUGCACAAACGCUGGGCAUAUUUUCUUCCGUAGGUUCCCUGAGCCCUGGGAAGCUGGCUGAUUUUGUGGUCUACCCUGCUGACGUGAACAUCCUAAACGGCUCUAUGAGUGAAUCAAGGAAGCUUAGCUACGUUGGUCGAGGUGGAAGAGUUUGGGAUGCGUCUACGAUGGAACAAGUAUGGCCCUUGGCCCAAGAAAGACAGAUAAUGCCUCCGUUCAAUCCUGUCAGAUAG